AUGGCCUACGACUUUUUUACUGAACAGCCAGUCACGGCAGAUAACUUAGCACCCGCCCUUAAGGCUAGGGCCAAGAUCGUUAUCCACAAACGCAUACUACCCAGCCUUAAGACUUUGUCAACCGCAGACGCACAAAGAGCCAUUAACAUGGAUAUUGGGGUGCUGCAGCUGCUUAACGCCCAGCAACGGGAGAUGCAAGAUUGGCCAGAGUUGUUUCGUCGUGCAGACUCCAGAUAUCAUUAUCUAGGGGCAAAGAAACCCGAAGGGGCAAUUCGUUGGAUCAUUGAAGCUGAGUGGCGAGGCUGAGUGCCGUCAGGGCAAAUCUGUUGUCUGUGUGUUAGAUUGCCUCCAUAUGUAGACAUGUCGCACUAUGGCGUAGCUCCCGCAAAUCUACUUACUUCUGCCGAUCACUCUUCUUACCUCGUAUUGGGGCCCGUAAGCAAUUAUGGAGGCAACAAGCAGUCUUGGAUGCGACAAGCAAUCUUUAUUGAUUUACCAGGCGUUCGGGAUCACCGCCUAGGCAUCGUGCACACCAUGCAUACACUGCAGAAGAGGCGGCCUCCCGGCCACUCUGGCGGCGUUUUAAGGCGAGGCAACUGCAUAUGGUGAUCGUAUCCAGGUUUGGCUUACAUCACAAUCAAUUCUCGGGUUACACAACCUUGAUGUUCGGACUUCACGUUUUGGAAACUGGCGUACGUGACAUGACUUGACGACAACAAUCGGACCUCUGUUACCUCUUCUUUGUCUUUUUUUUUGAUAUCCGUAUAGCACUUUCAGAAAUCAGGAACUAUCACAGACAUGUCUCCCAACGCUGAAUACACCCCCGUGGUGCUGAAGGACGAGAUCAGUACCAGUGACCCUAAUGACAAUCGUCUCAUCUUCGAAGAACUCCAUCAUCGCCCUCCUAUCUCUCCAAAUCGUAUCAAUCUACAAAUCCUGAUCGCUGUAAUUGUUGGUGUAGCAAUUGCGAUAUCGUUUGUUGCAGGUUCAGUAUUGCACCCACUGUCAUCGCCUACCUCACCAGUUUUCCAUGGCGAGAAGUACUUUGAAAGUAAU